GCCCGCCGUCCCUCCGAACCGGACUGGCAACGCGAUGCAAAGAUGGCGCGUCCGCUGCUCGUCCGCCUGGCGCUGCGCCUGCGACUUUGCGCCUACUGGUCGCUCGUCGGCGCCUUUUGCGCGCUUUGCGGCGCCGCCGCGCUGCUGCGGCUCUGCUGGAGCGCCAUCGCGCGGCCGACGGCCACCUUCCGCUGGACGCUGCGAGAGGCGCCGCCGGCGUGUCUGCACGACACGUCCUUGGGCACGCACUGCUACGUGCGGAUCAAGGAGUCGGGCCUGAGAUUUCACUACGUGGCGGCAGGUGAGCGGGGGAAGCCCCUCAUGCUCUUUCUGCACGGAUUCCCCGAGUUCUGGUUCUCCUGGCGCUACCAGCUACGUGAGUUCAAAAGCGAGUUCCGCGUGGUGGCAGCCGACAUGCGCGGCUACGGCGAGUCCGACAUGCCGCUGGCCGUGGACAGCUACCGGCCUGAAGCGUUGCUCACCGACGUCAAGGACCUGGUGGAGCACCUUGGCUACAACCGUUGCUUCCUGGUGGGACACGACUGGGGUGGCACCGUCGCGUGGCUGUUCGCCAUCAACUACCCCGAAAUGGUCGCCAAGCUCAUCGUGCUCAACUGUCCUCACCCGUCCGUCUACGCGGACUACGCCUUGCGUCACCCCAGCCAGAUGUUGAAAUGCAGCCACUUCUUCUUCUUCCAGCUGCCUCGCCUGCCCGAGCUCAUGCUCUCCAUCGACGACUUUAAGGCUCUGAAAUCGUUGUUCACCAGCCGGAGCACCGGAAUGGCCCGGAAAGGAAAAUGGCUGACUGCGGAAGAGCUGGAAGCGUACCUGUACACGCUUUCGCAGCCGGGAGCUUUGACGGCGGCGCUCAACUACUUCAGGAAUGUGUUCAGCUCUCUACCGCUGACACGCAACCAGGUGCGCUCUCCGGUUCUGCUACUAUGGGGCGAGCGCGACGCUUUCGUGGAGCAGGAAAUGGCGGAGGCGUGUCGCGUGCACAUCCGCAGCCACUUCCGCCUCAACGUCAUCUCCGGGGCCAGCCACUGGCUGCAGCAGGACCAGCCCGACAUCGUCAACACGCUCAUGUGGACCUUCCUCAAGGAGGGCGACAGCCGCAAGGGACACAGGAACUGACAAUGACCGCCACGGAUGCACGGUGAAGACUUUCUUUGUUUGCGGUGCAUCCGGGUGACUUUUUCUCAUGUUACAGCCUUAUUCUUAAAUGUAAGAAUUCUUUUUUUUCCCCUCAAAAUUCAGUAAUUUAAAAUUAUAGGCUGCCCGACGGUGUGAGACGUCAAUGGUACUGAGACAUUAGCGUUUGACCGUUUGAAAUGAAUUAUAUUGAGUAUUUGUAAGGACGAGGCAAUGAGUUAAAGCAACGAUAUGUAAUUUUUCAGUUCUGGUCGAUUUUAGCGACACCGGUGGACAGAAGUGGUAGUGUUUAGCCUUAAGGAAGACUGCGUUUCCCACGAGGACUGAGCACACCCGCAUUGUCGUAAAAUCAUAAAUCAAUCAAUCAAAAAUGAAUCUCCCGCUCGCAUGCAGAUGGAUUAAAAAACAUUUCUGUUUCCAGCGGCUAUGUAAAGGAUGAAUAGUAACUAGCCCUGCGAGCAGUCACGCAAACUCUGUUUUAAUUGUGCCAAUUCGACAAAGUGUGCCAAUUGCGGUGGCUCUGUAAACUGCCUAAGCUCUGUAAAAUACCACCCCCCCAAUCAUGUAAUCUGUGCAGCCAUGACUUUCUUCAAGAACAAAAUGAAUCAUCUAAUUGGUCCAACAAGAACCCUAACCCCCAAAAAACGCCCAACUUUGGUACCCCGCCCAUGUAAGGCCCGUGAAUUAACUCACCAUUUUCAUGACUUAACAUCUCUUAUAUCUCAUGAACAGUCUCACCAGUUUUGAGAAGGAUCGAACUAACUGCUUAGGCCCAAUGGUCUCAAACGUGCACGCUUUUUAUAAACUAUUGGAAUAUGGGUGCAAGAGACUUUUUGGAGCAGUUUUGCACAACGUAUCAACUCCCCGAAUUUCAUCGCUCUACGUUAAAAGAACCGAAAUGUAGGCUUUUUUUUUUUUUUUUUUUAAAUUCAAGGGGGCGCCACUGAGCCAUUUUGUUAAAUUUUGUCCUCAACGCUGCUAAAUUAUCGAGUGUGCUAAUUAUGGUGAGUUUUCAAGCAUGUUCAGGCCUCCAAAUUGGCUGUUUUCAUUUGCCAUGAAAUAAUAAUAAUAAUUUUAAUAAUAAUUCAUUGCAUUCCAAAAGGGCCUUGCACCUAAUGGUGCUCGGGCCCUAAUAAGGUAAUGAAUCAAGCUGUGGCUAAACAAUAGCAUAUUAUGGAUAGCAACCUGUAGCUUAGUGUGGCUAAUCCCCCCACCCAAACUCAUCAGCACUGAUGAGGAGUGGGGAGGGGGCGUGCUAACAGCGAGUGAAAGCCAGGCCAAUGUUUCUUUAUAUCCUGUACCCUCCCUUUUUUGUCCUCCUCGGACAAAACUUUUUGUCCCUAAUGUGGCUCUGCCUUCUUUGCAGAAUUCACACGAAAGCGUUUGCAUAAACCUCCGUCUUUGUAGUGAAUGGAAAAAGGGGGAAGUGACGUAUGCCCUAAAGCAGUCAGCACAUUUGCUGUUUUUUUGGGUUCCUGCCACCCUCCUCAAAGGGAAUUAGUCCCGGUGAAAGCGAAACAGACCCCCUCAAUAUUUAAAAAGAGGUGUCAUUCAACUAGUCGUCUGUCGACAUAUCACAAAUGUGAUGAAAAUAUUUUUAUAAAGGUUGAAAAGUUACCUAGUGUUACUUUAAAUACUUUUUUUUUAAAUCUAGCACCUUCCCCAAAGAAGAUUUUGUACAUUUUUGGCUUCGCAUAUGCUAAAUAUUGCACAUUAUUGUACAUAUUGUCCUUUUAUUUAUUGCGUUGUAGCCUUUUUAUAAUUAGUUUGUAUAUUAUAGUAAUUUUAUAAUUCAUCAUGCAUAGCAAAUGAAGUAUUGCAAUCCUGAAGUACUUACAACAAACUUGGAAUUUAAGAACAAAGUCGUACAAUUAUGAAAUUUAAGUUUUAUUAUGUUCUAUUUAGACAAAAAGUCGUAAUAUGAAGUGAUUAAUGUCAUAUUACAAGAUUAAAGUUGCAAUAUUAAUCAUGUUGGAGGUGGAGCUGGUGGAAAACGUUCAUGACAGCGUUUACUUACCUUCAGUUUUGUGCAAAGUAGCGGAUGGUGAUCACCUAAAUAUGAAAUCAUGUUGUAGGCGUUGCCUGCACGUCUGUUGUCCUUCCUCCUCUAAGCUGCAGCCGUCGGUUUCUUUUCAUUUGCCGAAGUACUCCCAUGCUAGUGGUUAGGGCUGGGCGAUAUGGCCUUAAGUACGUAUCACGAUAAAUUGAGCAGAUUUACCUGGAUAACGAUAAAUGACGAUAAAUUCGCCCAAGCGGACUGUUAUAUAAUUUGAAAAUUUGAAUCAAUGCAUGGAAUACAAAUUAACCGUUUCUCGUUAAAUUUAUUUACCAGCUUUCAAUUUAACAAUCGCACAUGCAGUCUAAACAUUAAGUAUUAAAAAAAAUCUUGUAAACAAUAAGAAUUCUAGUGUGAACAUUUAUAACAGCUUGUAUGACUUGAAAAAUGUACUACAUUAUAGGGCUGGGCGAUAUGGCCUUAAGCAUGUAUCACAAUAAAUUGAGCAGAUUUACCUGGAUAACGAUAAAUGACGAUAAAUUAACCCAAGCAGACUGUUAUAUCAUCUGAAAAUCUGAAUCAAUGCAUGAAAUACAAAUUAACCGUUUCUUGUUGAUUUAUUUACCAGCUUUCAAUUUAAUAUAUUUAACAAUUGAACAUGCAGUCUAAACAUUACGUAUAAAACUCAACACAAGUGUUUACUGCAAGGUUUCAGGUUUUUUUUUCCCAGUGCAUUUUUUAAUACAUACACACACUCACAUUAAAGCUGCAUUGAUCUAAUGACACAAAAUUAAGCACAUACAGAAAAAUAGCUGGGGCCAUUAAACAGUUACCGUAAUUUCCCGAAUAUAAGGCGCACCCGUGUAUAAUGCGCACCCCAAAUUUACUUGUAAAAUCUAGGGGGAAAUUUUGUACCCGUUUAUAACGCGCACCCUAAUUUUAGCACCAAUAAAUAGAAGAAUACAAGAAAACAGAGCUCGUGUACAGAUACAGAAAUGUCAUUUUACUGAAUGGUGAAACACAGCACAAGCAUAGCAUAUUGGUAGUUCAAAACAUUACCAUAAACUGACAAUAUUUACGGUAAUAAUACGAUUUGACAACCUCUCCAGCUUACCAGAAUAUAGGAGAAAACAAAACAGAUGUGACUUUUCUUUUAAAGGCUGCUGUGUAACUUGCUCGUUUCAUCAUGAUGAAUAAAUGUUUCUUCCGUGGAUUGAUACGGCAAAAUGAAAGUGAGGACGUAAGUCGGAAAUCCGUGAGAGCUCAUCGCUGUGACCACGACAGUAAUAGGAACUAUUGUUAUUUGGGAUUGAGUUUCCUGAGGGACAGUUAUCGUUGACGGACACAGGAAGUCUGUGUGCUUCCAUUUGUUAUGGUCAGAGUUGCGGAGCUGCAAUAAACGUUGACUCAAAUGAGUUCAAGAAACUAAAUUCCGUGCUUUAUGAAGAGUAAAAAAAGCAGAAUUUAACACAGACGAAAUCAUUCGGCCGAUUAGAGUGAAGUAUUACCGAAACAAAAUGGUGACGUCACGUACCGUAAUGGUCGGCAACGGGUCGCCGCAUACGUUUCUUCAACACAACGUGGCCGUGUCAAUUAAAAAGAAAUCGGUUUAUAUAUAUAUAUAUUUCUGUCUCCGUCCAUGUACCCGUUUAUAAUGCGCACCAUGAUUUUACAAGUUGAUUUUGGGGGAAAAAAGUGCGCGUUAUUACGGUACAUUAUAAUUUUCAGUGUUAGAUUGUACUUUAUGCUGAAUGCUUUACCAUCACAAAAGCUAUCUCAGAAAUCACACACAGACAAGAGAUACACAAUAACGUGAUAAACUAAUGCUGCAUUCCAGAGAAGUGGGAAGUCGGAUUUAUCCCACUCGGAUGGUACCAGUUCCGACCUCAAAGCGUUCCAAGCAAAUGUAAACAACAAAGAUGGCUGAUCGCGACGAGGUGUUUUUUAUUUUGGCCAUCCAAAGACAUUUUGACCUCCAGCGAACCUGCCUUCCUAUAAGCGAUCAAAUAGUAGAGGAAAAACGACGGCUGCGUUAUAGCCCACACUGUAAACUGCCUUUUUUUAGUUACAUCCUUUGCUGAUCCUCAAUAUAAAAACAUAGCACAACAAAGAUAAUUCACUGUAUGAGAAAAAAAUACAUGGCGUCUGAAAUAAACUUGAUUUACUUCAUUAUCGUGUUAUCAAUCAAUACGUUUUCAUGAGCGCCAUUUUGUCCAGUGACGUCAGAUUGAAAUACCUUGGAAGUCGGGGUAGUUCUUUUUUUCUCCGACUUCGCGACUUGGACCUCCCAGUUCGAGUGGUGUUCCAAUGGUAUUUUCCUACUCGGAGGUCGGAAAAGUCUGACAUCCCACUUUUCUGGAACGCAGCAUAAUUGCUAGAUGCAGUCCGAGACCAAUCCACGUUCAGCUGUUUCGACAAGUUUAGAGCCGCUAUCCGACUCCAUCACAUUCAUUUGUAGCGUUAGCCACUAGCGUUAGCCUGUGGCUUGGCUACCAGUAGAAAGCAUUGAAACCAUCCUCUUUGGAAAUCGGGAGGACAGCGGGUGAAAGCCUGAUGGGUGCCGCCAAGAGUCUAUUUAAUGUCGGGUGAAAGUUUGGCGAACCUCCCUUAAGCAACACUCCAUCACGUUUGCUUGUAGCGUUAGCCGCAAGCGUUAGCCUACCGGGCUCGUUUGUUUGGCUUCCUGAUAACCACGUGACUCCACACGUAAGCACACUGUCUGCUUUCUUAAAGGGGAAUGAACAUAGCCGAACAAUACAGAGUCAAAGCGGGAUGAAAAGACUAUAUUUUCUUGUUUUAUUAAAUUACCGAAUUUACAGUCAUGGUCAAAAUGACGUCGGUCAUCGUAAAGAAUUUCGGUACCGGUAAAUUUUCGGUUUACCGCUCUGCUCUACUACAUUAUAAAAAUCAAUAUGACGACUGUGCAAACAUGUCAUUCUCACACAAAUGACUUGCAGCUUUAACAGUACACUUCAGACAACUUAUUUGUAAUGGCUGCUGUGACAGAAUUAUUCAACACAAGUGUUUACGUCAAGGUUUCAGUUUUUUUUUUUUCCCAGAACAUUUUUUAAUACAUGCACCCACCACACAGACACAACCAGAUUAAAGCUGUGUGCUCUGAUGCCAAUGAAACAUUUAAGAUUUUAUGAUGGCAGAAUAGAGCAAACGUAUACAGAAAAAUGGCUGUGGCCAUUAAACUGUCAUAUUGUAUGUAGGCUUCACUGUUGGAUUAUACUUUAUGCUGAUUGCUUUACCAUCAUGAAAGCUUUCAGAGAAAUCACUCAGAGAUACCAAAUAACGCGACAUUAUGAUUGCUACAUGAAGUCCGUGCCCAGUCCACUCAUUAAUUUCAGCCGUUUCGACAAGGUUAGAGCCGCUAUCGGACUCCAUCACGUUCAUUUGUAGCCACUGUUAGCCGCUAACGUUAGCCUGUGGCUUGGCUACCAGAAGAAUGCACUGAAAGCAUCCUCUCCUGAAAUCGUGAGAACCACGGAGGACAGCGGGUGAUGGCCCGUCUGGAACCCGCCAAGAGUUUACUUAAUGUCGGGUGAAAGUUUGGCGAAGCUAACUUAAGCCCGACUCCAUCCCGUUUACUUGUAGCGUUAGCCGCUAGCGUUAGCCUACCUGGCUUCUGUUUGUUUGGCUUCCUGAAAACCACGUGACUCCAUACGUAAGCACACUGUCUACUUUCUUAAAGGGGAAUGAACAUAGCCGAACAACACAGAGUCAAAGCGGGAUGAAAAGACUAUAUUUUCUUGUUUUAUUAAAUUACCGAAUUUACCCACAUGGUCAAAAUUACGUCGGUCAUCAUGAAGAAUUUCGGUAACGGUAAAUUUUCGGUUUACUGCCCUGCUCUACUAAUGAUUUUGUCUUUUUUGAGAGGGGGCGGGGGCUCAGGUGUAGUGUCAUCGACAGACACAGGACAGAGCAACAGCCGGAGGGGCAUGGGUGAGCUAAUAGUUAUAAUAGCUAAUACAGUACUACGGUAUCACAGAAAAUUGUAGUGGUUUUCAAACCGGUUUAGCACAUGCCUAGUCAGUGGGGUGCUGGAGCCUAUCCCAGCCAACUAUUAAAUCAUAUAAAAAAAUUUAAAAAUUUUUGUUUAGAUUUUUGAGGGGAAAAAAAAUGAAUUCCAUUUUUGGAAUAAGAACUGUAACUCCAAAAAAUGUGAACAAAGUGAAACUUUGCGUGGACUUAAAGAACUUUUCGGAGUGGGUAAAAAAAAAUCCACAUCACACUUGUGAACCUCACUUUUUCCCUACUUUCUUGCCUCACCUCUUUCUCUCUUUCAUAAAUGUUCCUCUGCACGCAUUCCUAAGUUCACAGAGCCGCCAUUUUUGUUUUAUAAAUAAACGCACCUCUUGUCACUUUUUGUGGGCUUCUUCUAAAAGUAGACUCUGGAAAGAAAGAAAAAAAAACUCUUGUUCAGUCAAAACGGGAAUAGAAAAGAGGAGCUGAUAUAAAAAUAGAGCGUCGGUGAGUACUUAGAAGUAAUGUGCUGGUGCUGUGCGAUGUAGAACUUCUCAGAUCUUCUCCAACUGCUGGUUGCCCUACCCAAGAUGGCUGCCAGCUAAGCACGCCGCAAUUAAAAACAGGAGCGCUUGUCGCCCUUACCAAGAUGAUAAUAGACAGUCAUUCUUCUGUGGUGAAUCGAAAUAAGUUAAUCACUAGUAGACGUCCAAUCCAUAGCGCUGUCCAUGGUGGUCAAUGAGUAGAUAGCAGUAAUUUAAUAAGCUAGUAAUAUUAUCUAGGCCACGCCCCCUAAAUGUCCUCAAUUGACCUGAUAUGACCAGGCCACGCCCCCAAAAUGUUCCUACAAAUGUCCCCAAAUGACCUGAUAGGACCAGGACGUGUCCCCCAAAUCAACAGGGAGUGACCUGAUACUGUCCCCGAAAUGUUCCCAAACCAACCUGGGCGGGGCUAAGAUCUGUAUCUCCACACGGCAAAGACCCAGCGUCAUUUCUCCAAAUGCAUUUUCCAGCAUUUUAAUGUUAAUUACCUCAAUCGGAACGUUGCCCUUACCAACAUGGCCGCCCUGAUGCCAGUUUGGUAUGUGGGCAAUAAAAUGUCUUUUUGUGCUUCUCCCUUGAAUGGCGUACCGUAAGUAACACGUCACUUCCGCUCAAAAUAUUCAUGACGUUAGCUACUGUUGCUAAGGGAGGAAACGCCACCGUUUGUCCCCAAUAGGAAAUGAAUGGAAAUUGUGUAUGAAGGGAAAUUGUGUAUGAAGGAGAUGUUUACAGAGCUAAACCUCCAAUUCUCUCCGAAAAUGAUGUCUCUGCUGCCAAAUUCACUUGCAAAAAUGUGGAAGAACAUAAAAAUGUUCAGUUAAAGAGAUGGCUAGAGUGUCAAGGGCUGAAAAAGACGGAAAAAAACGAGCCGACCUUAGCAUAGCCUUAGCUUUUUAUCGAUACCUUUUUCUUACGUGACUGAAAUUGACAUUCUCCUGUUUCAACAAGGUAUCCUUUACCACCAGCCCUGUCUUUCUUAUAUAUUAAAUCUUCUGGUUGUCCUGCAUCUCUGACCGUUCUUGUGGGCAAUUUAAUUUAAACCCCAAUAGCUAAAUAAAUGGCUUGAGAAGGACCAGUCAGCCGUCGAGGGGGAACUAUUCACAACGAGGAAAACGCGACGAAGAGAGCCGCAAAAUGUCAUUGUUUCUGUCUCUUUACUUCAAUAUUUUUACAGGAUAUUCUUUUUAUCCAAGUUUUUCCCCAAUUGCUAAAUAAAUGGCAUGGUCAUGACAAAUAAGUCUUGUGCUAAAUGGAAUAUGAAAUAAUAAAAAUGCACUUAUUCAGGACGACAUGGCAAAAUUACUCCAUAAUGGUCAAAACUGUCGACUUCACCUUUACUGUCACACCUCCCGAACGAUAUUUUAUGACACCUAAAUCGGACAUAUGUCAUUUCCCUUCCCCGGCUUCGGAGAAUGUAAACAAACCAAGAGGCGUGACGGCUAGCAAUCAUGCUCACCCGAACCGAGGGAUGUUUCAAAGUCUUCGACGCGGAAAAUCACACACAACUAGCCCGGAUUAUUUGACAUGACGACUGGGUUGUCGAUUGUCUUCGCGGAUCGGCAAACCGCCCGCCGGAGAGCAAUUUACAGUUCGUUCCCCGGAGGAGGGCGGCUGCAGUUGUUGUGCAGCUAAUGUGCACGAGGAGAGCUUUUUACAUGCCUAUCAAUGAUCAAACGUAAGUAGUCCUUUAUUUAAAGAAAGUUUGUCGUGUUUACUUUGUAAUCGCUGUAUUAAUAUUUGACAUAAUACAGUACAAAACAAGAUGUUUACUGACUUCCCCGUAAGUCCAAUGGUCCCACAGUAGUAGGGCUUGGCCGAUAUCCACGGUGAAUGGGAACCUUUUGAAACUCCAAAAAGGCGCACAUGCCUCUCCCUCAUACACCAAGAUUUUUCUGCAGCCAUUUGGCUGGCGUGAUGCGAAAAAUAAACGUAUAAAUCCGCAAAAUCAGCUGAAUCCUUAGUCCUCAUACACAACAGUACGACUGUAUAGUGAAGAGGACGCCUUCACCCGUACACGUCACAGCGCCCUCCUCCUCAAUGCAAGACCGAAGCCGGAAGUCACUCAUUUUCAUGGCGCGGGAUUCAAAAAACUAAAUAGAUAUAGCGGUCCAUAUC